AGUCUCACUCCACUGUUACUCACUCUCUCUCCCUCUCUGUCCUGCUUCCUCGCUCUUUCCCUCCUACUUUCCACCCUGAAGAGCGAGAGCACACAGUUUGGGAAGGUGCUCUUCAGACCUGCGUCUGGACAGCGUGAAGACGGCACAGAGAGGAUUUUUCCCUCUUCUCUCAUCUUCUCCCUCUCUUUCACCAUCUCUGCCAGACAGCCCAUGGAUGAACUUUUUUGCUUUUUGCUGGCGGCAGAAAAAUAAAAGUUAAACAGACAAUUUGCUCCACCUGCAGUUGAAAAUAUCAAAUUUUUAACUUUUGUUUUUGGGGGGUUUUUUUUAUUCCUCUGCACUUGUGAGCAGCACUGGACCAGUUCAGGGUGCCAGGUCUUUGCCCAGGAGGACACCACUCCUCUUUUUUGGCUGCAUGUUCAUUGAAUAUCUGAUGCCAUUGCAUCCCAUGGGAGACACGCGUGGCUGAAGCAAGGAGGGAGGUAGAAGAGAGACCCACCUGACGCUCACACCUACCGCUUCCCUUACCCGGUGCAUCCACCUGCCCUUUAACGCUCUGAGGAGAGAAAGUUCUUUGUGUGUGACACGUGAAGCCUGGGAUGCUGGUGACCAUGCUGUUGGCUCCUGUCUGUGUGCUACUGAUGCUGGGGGGGCGUGCUCUUGCCGGAGGCUAUCCCCCCAUACCCCACGUGAAGUACAUGCAACCCAUGAUGAAAGGGCCUAUUGGACCCCCAUUUCGAGAGGGCAAGGGGCAUUAUGUUGAUAUGCCACCCAUGAUGGAAGUGAAGGGGGAACCAGGCCCCCAAGGAAAACCUGGACCAAGGGGCCCACCUGGGCCACCAGGACUUCCAGGAAAACCUGGACUAGGAAAGCCAGGUCUCAAUGGCCAGGUAGGCCCUCAGGGGCCUCCUGGCUUUCCAGGAAUUGGUAAACCUGGACUACCAGGUCUUCCAGGAAAGAUUGGGCCAAAGGGGAUGUCAGGGUUUAAUGGUGAGGUUGGCCCUCGUGGUGAACCAGGUCCUAGAGGUCCUCCAGGGCAGCCUGGCCUCCCUGGCCCAGCUGGCCUGUCUUUGAAUGGGAAACCUGGACUUCCAGGCAUCAGAGGCCCCCCUGGGUCUCGUGGAGAGCCAGGAAUAAAGGGUAUUUCCGGCCCACCAGGUGAGCGUGGGCUUAAGGGCGAGAAUGGAAAUGGGAAGACUGGGCCUCCAGGUAUAAGGGGUCCUCCUGGGCUGAAAGGCAGUACAGGACCACCUGGUAUUCCAGGAAUAGGCAAGCCAGGACCAAAAGGUUUGCCUGGACUGCCUGGUCUUAAAGGUGAUUAUGGACUACCAGGGGAUCGUGGAGAACCAGGAGAGGGUGGGGCCCCAGGUCUACAAGGUCUCCCAGGGCCAGUUGGGUUAGGGAAGCCUGGGCUAGAUGGAUUGCCAGGAGCACCGGGUCCACUAGGACCAAAAGGUGAGGCGGGAGGUAGGGGUCCUCCUGGAUUUCCUGGGACUCCUGGCUAUGGAAAACCUGGUCUGAGUGGGCCAAAAGGAGAAAAGGGCCAUGGUGGGUUGCCUGGACUUCCAGGGGACAAAGGAGAGCAAGGAAUGGUAGGCCCAAUUGGGGAGCCAGGGCUUGAUGGGCAACCUGGGCCGGCAGGACUUCAAGGCCCAAUGGGACUUCCAGGAAAACAUGGAAUGCCAGGACAGAAGGGAGAGCUGGGGCCCCAGGGCCCUCCGGGACUGCCUGGCCUCAGAGGUGACCAAGGCCCCAGCGGACAUGCUGGAAAACCUGGCAUCCCUGGGGAAAAAGGCAUCCCUGGACUUAAUGGUCCGUUUGGAAAACCUGGACCCAAAGGUGAAGCAGGUCAUAUUGGCCUACCUGGAAAUCCAGGGCUGACGGGUGCUCCAGGGUCUAAAGGUGAGACAGGGUUCAUAGGGACUCCGGGCCCCAGGGGCCAGUCAGGCAUUCCUGGUCUUCAGGGGCCCAUGGGUCCCAUGGGGCCACAGGGUGCUCCUGGCCCAAAGGGUGAACCUGGACUUCCAGGGUCUCCAGGACUGGGUAAGUUUGGAGAGAAGGGAUCUAUAGGUCCCCAGGGUCCUCCAGGAAAACCAGGCCCUGUUGGGCUUAAUGGUAACCCUGGCCCCCCUGGGCCACCAGGGCCCCCUGGUCCUCCAGGAAACGGCCAAACAGUUGUUGCAGGGCCAACAGAUUCACAGUUGGAAGGGGAUGAAGUACCAGGGGACAGGAAGGGGUCUGUGUACAGUCAAGUUCCUCUCUCUGCCUCUGUAGCACCAGCCUUCACUGCCAUCCUCACCACACCUUUCCCUCCCUCUGGUAUGCCAAUCAAAUUUGACAGGACCCUGUACAACGGGCAAAAUGCCUACAGCUCUGCUACUGGCAUGUUCACUGCUCCUUUAUCUGGUGUCUACUACUUUGCGUACCACAUGCAUGUAAAGGGAACUAGCCUGUGGGUGGCACUGUACAAGAACAAUGUACCAGCCACCUACACAUAUGAUGAAUACAAGAAAGGCUACAUGGACCAGGCGUCUGGUAGUGCUGUCCUAGAGCUGAAGGAGGGUGACCAGGUAUGGGUCCAGAUGCCCUCGGAUCAGGCAAACGGCCUCUAUUCUACCGAGUACAUCCACUCCUCCUUCUCAGGAUUCCUGCUCUGUCCCACAUAACCCUGUCCUUUCCUUCAAACAUGUUCCUGUAUUGGCACCUCAGAGCAGCCCUAAACCUAAAAUACCUGCAGCCAUGAUAGAAACACCACAAAACCCAUAAAAUUCUCAUUAUUACUGCCAACAUCUUUAAAUGUCUCACCCUCAAUAUCAUGAGUGAAAGAGAAAACAAACUUUGUGAAUGAAAUAUGGAAAGUUUUAAAAAAGCAGGGGGUGGAAUUUCAUACUGUGUUCUUUGUUUCAGUGUCCUUCAACUGUGUGUUUUUGGGUUGUAUUUUAUG